CCUAUCAUCCAUCAUCGCCGUCGUUCUUCGUUCGGGGAAGGCGUUCGAGACGGUGAGCGGACGUCAGGAGGCGCGGGCCAUUCUCAUCGCCAAGUGACUGGGUCUGGCAGAAUGAGCCUGCGAAAACAAACUCCAAGUGAUUUCUUGAAACAAAUAAUUGGAAGACCAGUUGUUGUAAAGCUAAAUUCUGGAGUUGAUUAUCGAGGAGUGCUGGCUUGCUUGGAUGGAUACAUGAAUAUAGCUCUGGAACAGACAGAGGAAUACGUAAAUGGACAGCUGAAGAAUAAAUAUGGAGAUGCUUUCAUCAGAGGAAACAAUGUGUUGUAUAUAAGUACACAGAAGAGGAGAAUGUGAGCCUACAAGAAGAUGAAAUAUUUCAUUUUGCUACUUUAGUUUCUUAAAAGUUUUGUUUGCUACCUGUAAUCCUUCAGUUUACAAGACUAUUAUGUUGUGCCGUAAAGUUACAUGGUCUGUAUGGAUAUUUUUUUAUACAUAAAACCAAAAUGGAACUUUUUCUCAGUUUGGAACAAUUUUUUUCUGUUGUGAUUUGAAAUGAAAUAAAAACGGAAAAUAACCUGA